AUGCAAAUGGUUUUAACACGUAACAUGGACAUAGUUGUACUACACCAAUCAUUGAAAUAUGAUCUUAAUGAUGUACUAAAUAGUGACAAAUGCUUCCGCAUUCGUCGCUUAUCUAAGAAUCAAAGAUGUCAAUAUAUUUUUGAAACACUGGAUUCACGGAGUCGACAGGAAACUGGAAUCUGCGAAUUUCGAUUUUACUGCAUUCAGCAGAUAGCUAUCUCUAGUGCGCUUUCGAUGCUGAGGAGACUGUGGAUAGAGAAUUUUUUGUUCUUUUGCCGUUGGGAUUGA